UGCUAGGCAACAACCCUUUGACAUUCCCCGUCAAUAAAUUCCCCCAAAAUUGAAAUGUUAAUCUCCGCGGGCCUCGCCCUCAAAAUCCACCCCUUCGGCCCCCAGGGGGUGGACGCCACCGCCCGCCCCCAGCUCUCCGCCGCCUCCAAAAUCAUCCAAGUGUCCACGUGUAACGACAACACCUAUCUACUCAUUUUGCGAGAAAACGAAAAACCGGCGAUUUUCUCCGCCAAAGACAAGUCCAACAUCCGUCUGAUUCACACCAUCAACGUUUCGAACGUCACGACGCUCACUUUCAAGCACACGACCAAGAAAGCCAUAGCUUUGGGCACAAAAACCGGCGAUGUGUUGAUUUAUGACACGAAAAAUCGCACGGUUGCAAACACAUACCCGAAAAUCAGUGACGAAAUCAAGUUUUUGGACUUUACGGCCAAUGACAAGCAUUUGUGCGGUUUGGACGCGAGUACUUUACUCGUAAUUACAGAUUUGGGGGCGAAUCCAUCGGUUAAAAAGUACAAACAAGCAGUGGAGUGUGUUUUAAUGCGUUGCCAUCCUUUUGUGGCGAAUCGAGUGGCCGUGGGUUUAAGUACUCACACGGUGGUGCUGUGGGACGUCCAAACCGGGAGUGAACUCGUGAGUUUAGGACUUGGGGAGUCCCCAGUGAGUGGGAUUGCAAUGUCGUCAUGUGGCAACUACUUGGUCAUGUGUGGCGAUUGUAUAAAAAUCUACGGGAUUGAUUUUGUUUCGGGGAAUCACACGUUCCAGUUCCACGUGGAUAUGGACUCGCGGGUCACGUGUAUGGACUUAAGUCCGGAUGAUCGGUACGUUGCCAUUGGACUGAGUAAUGGCAGUGUGCGGUUGUAUGACGUGAAACAGAACAUGUUGAUGGUUUCCGAGGCCAGAGUACAUAACGAGGCCAUAAGUACUCUAGUGUUUGAACACGAAACGUUCGAGUCCAAUUCGCAUUUCUCCUCGAUGGUGAAGUUGUCCGAACUGGAUGUGAAGAAUAGGAGUGGGGAGGAGAAAAGUGUGAAGGUGGCAGAAGGAGAUGAUUUGGAGAAGUUCAAAAAUCGAGUCCUUAAACUUGUCAAGUGUGAGAUGGAUCGCUUGGAGAGCCAACUUGAUGAGCAUUGUGACAAGUUUCAGAAGUUUCUGGAUAAUGAGUUUGAAGCCAUUGAUAGCAUUAUUAGCAAGAAGUGGAAUAUUUUUACGGAUGGGGAUAUGAACCAGAUCAUGAAGGCCAUUUGUCCAGAGGAGGCGAGGAGUUCGGUCGACUAGUGAUUGGGAUAAAAAAAAAAUUUGUUUUUUUUGUCAAAAUAUUUUUUUGAAAAUUGUUAAUAAAGAAAUACUUAUAUCAGAA